ACACACACACGCACACGCAAACACACACACACACACACUCUCUCGCAGUGAGUCCUCUUUUCUCCUGCACAGAGUUCCUUCCCUUUUCCAGCUUCACCUUCUGUCGGAAUGUGCGCUCCAUAGACUGGAUCUUCUAAUUAUUCCCGGAUAUCCUGACUGAAGGAUUUCUGAUCCGGUUGUGGUUGAGUUGAGGAAUGUGGAAGAGGAGGACGAUGCUGUUUAAAGCGAUUAUCCUGUGCUUACUGCACAUGGCGUCAGUCGGCCAGGCGCUGGACUGUCACAAAUCGGACGAAUGCCCCAUAGACCUGUAUUUCGUUAUCGAUACGUCAGAGACCAUCGCUCUCCAGGAGCCUCCACCAGGCAGCCUGGUUGACAGUGUGACAAAUUUCACCAAGAAAUUUGUCGAAAAGCUGGAAGACGUAGAUUACAAAGGCAAGGUGAAGUUUAACUGGGCUGUGGGUGGACUGCAUUUCUCCAUGACACAGUCGAUCAUUAGCAAACUCACCAGCAAGGAUGAAUUCAUCAGGAAAUUAAAAGAGGUUCGUUACUUGGGCAAGGGCACCUUUAUUGACUGUGCCAUCCAGAAAAUGAGUGAAGAGAUUAUGAUUCAAAGACCCGAUUCUCCGAGCAACGCCAAGACGCAGCGAUACGCGGUCGUCAUCACGGACGGCCAUGUGACCGGGAACCCCUGUGGCGGCAUCAAGGUGGCAGCCGAGCGGGCUCGGGACAAGGGCAUUAAGAUAUUUUCCAUAGCAUCAUCCAACAGCCUAGAGGAACUAGGCCUUAGAGAAAUCGCUAAUUCUCCUGUCGGGGUUUACCGCGACAACUACAUGGCUGUCGAUCUCUCCAGAGGACGACCUGAGCUUUUAACAGAACAUAUUGAUCGCAUUUACAACACCAUGCUGCAUCUAGCUUAUCAAGAGUGCUACAGUGUGAAGUGCCUGCAAACACCCGGACCUCCUGGUCCAGUCGGUCCCAGGGGUCAGAAAGGUGCCAAAGGAGACAGUGGUUCUGUGGGUCCCAAAGGUGACAGAGGCCACCCUGGUGAUCCUGGGAUUGAAGGUCCUAUUGGUUACCCUGGACCAAAAGGAGACCGUGGUCACAAAGGUGAAAAGGGAGAAAUUGGCUCAACAGGAAGGAAGGGAGUUGCAGGCAUUCCAGGACGCAACGGUACUGAUGGUCAGAAGGGCAAAAUUGGCCGCAUCGGGGCUUCUGGCUGUAAAGGCGAAUCAGGUGACACGGGUCCUGCUGGUUUUGCUGGAGGUGUAGGAGACAGUGGUCCAAAGGGAGCUCCUGGAGAGAAGGGAGAUGCAGGUCGACCUGGGAGAGAAGGACCACCUGGUCCACCAGGAGAACCUGGUCCCAAGGGUGAGACAGGUAGUCCAGGUACACCAGGUAUCCCUGGGCAAAAGGGCCCUCAAGGAACAGCUGGAGGCCCUGGCAAUAAAGGCGACACUGGAAGAAGAGGAGACCCUGGACCAAAGGGAAGCCAGGGAUCAGAUGGGCCAAAGGGAGAAAAGGGUGAACCGGGAUCUGAAGGUCUAAGAGGGCUUCCAGGUGAAGCUGGCAGUAAAGGAACCAAGGGAGAUCAAGGACUUCCAGGACCCAGAGGUCCAGCAGGACAAAUAGGAGAGCCAGGAAGAAAUGGAAGCCGUGGUGACCCUGGAGAUGCUGGACCAAGAGGUGAUCCAGGACCCCCGGGAGCAAUCGGUGACAGAGGUAGACAAGGGUUCAACUACCCUGGAUCCAGGGGGCCAACGGGUGACAUAGGAGUCAAAGGUAGACCUGGAGCUCGGGGCAGCAGAGGAGACUGUGGUCAAAAGGGAGACCCGGGACAGAAAGGAGUACCAGGAGAACCUGGAGAUCCUGGACCUGAAGGAGAGCCUGGAAAAAGGGGGCCUAAUGGAGAACCAGGAAGAGAUGGUGAUCCCGGUCCAGAGGGAGACCCAGGUCUUACAGAAUGUGAUGUCAUGAACUAUAUCAGAGAGACCUGUGGGUGUUGUGACUGUGAGAAGAGGUGUGGAGCACUGGAUAUUGUAUUUGUGAUCGACAGCUCUGAGAGUGUGGGACUAACAAACUUCACUCUGGAGAAGAACUUUGUAAUCAACACCAUCAACCGAUUGGGCUCGAUAGCUAAGGAUCCUCACUCAGAGACAGGAACACGUGUUGGUGUGGUCCAGUACAGUCACAGUGGAACCUUCCAGGCCAUCCAGCUAAACGACUCCAAGAUCGAUUCCCUUACAGCCUUCAAAGAUGCUGUGAAGAAUCUGGAGUGGAUCGCUGGUGGCACAUGGACUCCGUCUGCCCUGAAAUUUGCCUACGACAACCUAAUCCGUGAUAGUCGACGUUCCAAGGCUAAAGUGACUGUGGUGGUGAUCACCGAUGGUCGCUUUGAUCCCCGGGAUCAAGACGCACUGCUGGGUUACCUGUGCACGGAUAGCAGCAUCGAUGUAAAUGCCAUUGGUGUUGGAGACAUGUUCGCAGAGGAAGAAGAAUCUGAAAGUUUGAAGUCCAUUGCCUGUGACAAACAAGACAGAGUGACGGGCAUGAAGCGGUUUGCUGACCUGGUGGCAGAGGAAUUCAUUGACAGGAUUGAGACUGUUCUUUGCCCAAACCCAGUGAUCAUCUGCCCUGACCUUCCAUGCAAAGCUGAUGUGUCAUCUCAUUGGAAUGGGUACCCCAUACAUGGAUUCUUUGCAGAGGAAGGGUCAAACAGCGUUGUCCCAACUACUGUCCCAAACGUCUCAAACUUACUCAACUCUCUGCAGGAGGUCAAGACCCCCGAUGCCUACACCAGGGCUGUAGCCACAUUGGCCUACACAGCCCAGAGAGCCAAGUUCGCCAACGGGACAGAGAAACAGCAGUGGACUAAUUUGUUCAUUGACUCUUUCAGAGUUGUCUAUGGCGAUCUCCUGGGUGACCCUAACAAAGCCUUGGGGUUGUGUUAGGCAGUGCCGGCUCAUUAUUUGGCCAAACUGGGCUGUCAGAAAGUGGCUGUACAGUAUAUUUUUGGUUAUGAAAACUGGUUGCUCUUGGCCUCGCUGUACGAAUAUGUGAAAAGGAAAUGAAAUUAUAAUCACUAAAAGACAUCUCAAGCUUGCUGAACUAACAUUAAUAUGAGACAGCUGUAUUCAGGGCUAAAAUUUAAACACUAAUGCGCAAUGGCCAGUAAGGUGGUCAGUGAUGCUAAGCAUGAUAAUGACCUAACAUUUUAGGACUGAUUAUUAUAAAGAUGGAAGCCUCUUUCUCCUGACCUCAGUGCCUGCUGCUUUAAAAAAAAAAAAAACUUUUAUUUUGUUUAUAUAAAAUAUAUAUAUCUACUUGAACAAAACUAAGAGAUAGAAUUAAGGCAUCCGGACAGACUGAGUGCUUUUCUUGCCUGCACAUCUUAAUGUUAUUAAUCUGGGCCAGGCUGCUUAAACCCUCAGGAAGUCGGAGGCGUUUUGGCUCCGCAGAGGGAUAUAUUCAGCAGUAUCCAUGUCAAAGAUAUGGCAGUGAUAAGCAUAACUCAUGCUAUGUGUAAAUAUUACAUUUUGAGUAAUCCACAUCAGGAUUAUCUGAUAAAGUUUUGCACUUUGCACAGUACCGGCGGGCUUUAUUUCCUCCACAGCCUAGGCAAUAUAAUAGUUUUCAUGAUCUGAUACAUAACCUCUCUGCCAUUUCCAUUCAGCAAUUCACUUUAAUUUGGGGUGAAAUCUUAAGUUACUGUAGAGUAGCUUGUAGGAUUGCGAAUACAAAAUGCUGCAUCGUUAUUGUAUGUUAUUGUAUUAAUGUUGUAUAUUACAUGUGCAAUUAGAAAAAAGCUCCAAGACUGCAAGAUCAUAUUGAAUAAACAUACUGCAAACAAAAAAAGUUUUAGUUUUUAGUUUGUUAUUGUCCAUUUCAACUAACAGCUAAGGAUCAUUUGUUUGGAUUCGUGAUCAGAGACCCGUGACUCCGCUUUGUAGGAUUGAGCCUGUUAUUUUAUCUGGUUUGCAUAUAAAUCUAGCACUUAAUAUGCUGUUUGUUGUGGUACGAAUUUAUUCUGUCGUGCAGGACUGUAUCACUUGCUGCCCAUUUUUUAACAAAGCUACAAUACCCAGCAUGCAACAUGGCAAUAUGUAUACAAUCCCUGGGAGUUCCUACUGACAAACCAGUCCAGAUUUCUGAAGGCUUUGAAAGAAAAGAAAAAAAGCCGACAGAUGAUGGCUGCGCUGAUAGCACUUUUACAGGAGGGGUAAUUCUGGGCCCUAUCUCUGUAGUGCACAUUUCAUCUCAGCUAAGUAGCUCACUAUCAGUAAAAUGUCUAUUCAUGUAACACUAAUAGAUAACAUUAUGGUAGCUAAUUAUGCUGUUUUUUUUUUUAGAAAGCUUGCUUCCUGUUACCCAGCUAGACAGUUCUGUAUUUUCUGUCCCAAAUAUAGUCAGACAUCAAGGCUUAGACAUUUAGCUUUGUUGAUGUCACGUCCCUGAAUAUACCGUUAUCUACUGAGUGACGCAUUUCCCAUCAUACACCUAUAUUCAUUGUAGUCCUUCAAUUUUUUUCAAGAUAUGUACUGUAAUUAGGAGUUUUGUCAGCUCUGAAACCAGGAAAUCGACCCACUGUGUCAUCACUGUAAGAUGCAACUAGGCAUAUAUUGAAGGUCAGAGAGAAAGAUUUUUAUGAGCUGUUAAUCUGUGAUCAAUAUUUUGUAUUUUCUCUCCCACAGAGCCAGCAGUAGCCAGUUGCAUUCAGCGUCCUGUUGAUCUUGUGUUCUUACUGGAUGGUUCUGAACGUCUGGGCUCGGAUAAC